AUGGGAGUAUUUCUUUCUUUAAACUGGUUUUUUCUACUUGCCGGGCUUGCCUUGACGAGCACCGGUACUGCGGCCCAAAAUCUGGUCCAGGUCCAACUCACAUCAGGCACCAAGAUUACUGGGAGAUUAAACUCUGGAGUCGAAACAUACAACGGCAUACCAUAUGCUGAUCCGCCAAUCGGCCCGCUGCGCCUUCGGCCCCCACAGAAGAUUUCACGCCAUCUGGAUAGUGUAGAUGGUACAGGCAUAGCCGCUGCCUGCCCCCAGUUGCUUCUAUCGCCUGCGGACAAGAACAUAAUCAGCAGUAUUGGUAGCCAGAUCCUGGACUUGCCAUUCUUCAAGGAUGUGAAGGGCCAGGAAGACUGCCUAACUGUCUCGGUCCAGCGCCCGGCCAAUAUCAAGCCAGGCGACAAGCUACCGGUACUAUUCUGGAUGUACGGGGGCGGCUUCGCACUCGGCAGCACCAACACAUACGAUGGAGCAUCGCUCGUACGCGAGGGCGUGGCAAACAAGCAGCCUUUUAUUUUUGUGGCCGUUAAUUACCGAGUCGGUGGCUUUGGUUUCAUGCCCGGUAUCGAGAUGCUAAAUGAGGGUAGUGCAAACGCCGGCCUUCUUGAUCAACGAAUGGGCCUUGAAUGGGUAGCUGAUAACAUUGACCAGUUCGGCGGUAACCCGGAUAGAGUCACUCUUUGGGGAGAAUCAGCCGGCUCAAUAUCAGUGUUUUACCAAAUGGCUCUCUAUGGUGGUAACUCAAGCUACAAGGGCAAGCCGCUCUUUCGAGGCGGCAUCAUGAACUCCGGGACGACUAUUCCUGCCGAGCCAAUGGAUGGGUUCAAGGGACAAGCCACAUAUAAUCAGGUGCUCAAGGAAGCUGGUUGUGCCGGUGCCGUCAACAAUACGCUCUCUUGCCUCCGAGAACUCGACUACGAUACCUUUUACAACGCAGUGACUCAAACGUUUUCAGGCAUCUUUUCCUUUUCUGGUACCAAAAUCUCAUUUCCACCGCGCCCGGAUGGCAAAGUGCUUCCACUGAGCCCGGACGAACUCGCCGCAACCGGUCAAUACUAUGCCGUGCCAAUUAUUGCAGGCGACCAGGAAGACGAAGGGACGAUAUUCGCGCUCUACCAACAAAGCGUCAAGACAAAUGAUGAUUUGGUAAACUACUUUUCUCAAUUUGUAUUCCCAAACGCAACCAAGGAGCAGCUAUCGGAGCUAGUUGAGGCAUAUACAAAAGAUGACGAGGGUAGUCCUUUCCGCACGGGGCCUAUCAACUCGCUGUACCCCAUGUACAAGCGUAUUGCCGCAAUUAUAGGCGAUAUGACUUUUACACUAUCACGACGCAGCUUCCUUGAGGCGACGGCCAAGGCAAACCCCAACAUGCCUGCCUGGUCAUUUUUAUCCUCGUACGCGCACCCACUACCAAUUUUGGGCACAUUUCACGCGUCAGAUCUUAUCCAAAUCUUUUAUGGCAUUCCACCUACCCACGCAACUAGCAGCACCCGGCAAUACUAUUUUAACUUUUUAUAUAAUCAAGACCCAAACAAGGGAAAUAAGGGCCAACUUAACUGGCCCGUGUGGAAGGAGAAUAACACGCUAAUGUGGUUCAAGACGCAGUUGGAUAAUGGAUACCUGACAGAUUCCUUUCGCAAUAAUCAGUAUAUAGUUUUAGCUAAAUUAGCCAAAGCCAAAGUUUUGCGUCAGUAG